UGUAACGAUCCUAACCAAACCCAUAAUAAAUUUUAAAUAAUCAUGCCGCCUAGUCUGUCUGAGGAGAUUGUGGCAGUGCUGAAAGAGUCACAGAGCAACGUACACAGUCAUCAGAGACUGCUCAAGACCCUGAGAGGCCUUCACGACAAGCACACGGAUGAUUUGGAGGGUUUCUUUGAGGCCUAUUUCAAACCCUUCAGUAAUGCUUUGGUGGUAUUUAAACGUGAGGCUGCCGCUCAAAGAGUCAUAGAGCUCACUGCCAAGUUUGCCAUCUCUACUGCACAGCAAGAGUCAGACCAUGAGGAGGAGAGUGACAGUGACAGUGAGGGGGAACCUGAGAUGUCAUUCUUCUCUCUGCUGCUGGACCAGCUGCUCUCACUGCAUGAGGCUCAGGGGAAGGGUGUCAGGUUCCGUGUGUGCCAGCUGGUGUCCAGACUCCUCUUCCUGGCUCAUGAGACUAGCUGUAUUGUGGGCGGACUACGACUUGAGAAGAUCACACAAGUCAUGUUGGACCGGUGCCUCGAUAAGGUUCCAGCUGUGAGGGUACAGGCAGUGUCAGCACUGCAAUGGCUUCAAGUACCACACCCUGACUGUCCCGUUAUCCCCCUCCUCCUGUCACUACUGGCAACUGACUCAAGCCCUGAGGUCCGUCGCUGUGUACUCAACAAGAUAGAGGUUGAUGAUCGAUCAUUGCCAGCCUUCAUUGAGAGGACACGAGAUGUCAAGGAGGUCAUUAGAAGAGACGCUUUUCUUUGUCUGGCCGAGAAAUGUAGUAUCAGGCACUUCAGAAUACAGCAGAGGAUCCAGUUGCUCAGUGAUGGUCUCCAUGACGACAGCGAACUGGUCCAGGAGGCGUGUGUGAAUGGUCUUCUACGGAAGUGGAGCUUGGAGACUAACGAUGGAGACUUCAUUUCACUCCUGUCCAGACUGGAUGUUGAGAGCUCUUCAGAGGUUGCUGGUCUUGCACUACGGAAACUGUUUGACAAUUUCACAACCCAUGAGCUGAUAACGAGCAUGGCAGCACGACUGGCCGCCUCCCACGAGAGACCAGAGGACUGGGAUGAUGACCACACCCCCAGUGACCACACCCCCAGCCUCUCCAUCACAUUGCCUGUGCCUCCUCCUGGUGAGGUGAAACCUGUACUCAAGGUGAUGCGUUAUGAGGAGCUUGGUUGUGAGGAGGUGUUCUACUGGUCUCAGCUCUGCCUCUACCUCUCGGAGAAAGGGGCGGAGCUUGACGACAUCCUACCCACAGCCUCAGAGUUUUGUGAGUACUUACAGAGGUAUGUGGAGGAAGUGCUGACGGUGCAGGAAGAGACGGACGCGUCUCUCAAGAGUCAGUUUGUGGCUCAACAGCUGUGCUCCAUGCUCACCGUGCUUGACCCCACGGAUGAGGUUGGAAGACGUUGUCUUGCCAACCUGGUAUCUCACUUCCUAUCCACACCUUCCUUCCCCACUGCUCUCAUCCCACAUCUGCUGAGUCAGCAGACCAAGAUAUGGCCUCAGGAGUCGCACAGAGUGGAGGUGCUGAUUGAGGUGAUAGCUGAUCUGAGGGCCUCGUUCAAUACGACCCUAGUAGACCCCACCCUCAACCUGACCACCACUCUCCUCUCACAACCCGCCAGCCAGUCAGAACCACAAGAGGACACAGAGACACUGCUGAGGUGUCUGACCAUCUCCUGUGAGCUGCUGCGUGUGUUACGCCCACAACACCUCAUUCCCACACUCAGAAUGCUCAAGGACACUCUGUUGAUCCCGUGUGUACAGAAUGUGGCCCCCUAUGUGCGAGACAUGGCACUCUUUUGUCUCGGCCUCCUCUCCCUAUUGGACGUUAGUACCGCACGAGACCACCUCCUCCUCUUCGUGCAGGUCAGUCAAGUGGACCACGAAAGUGUUCAGGCCACGGCUCUCAAGAUUGUGUUUGAUCUCCUUCAUGUGUAUGGCUUCGAGGCUUUCAACAUUGUAGCCAGCGGGGAGUCCAAUGAGAAAGCAGACGAGACCAAAGACUCUAGUGUGGAUGGUGACUUGUGUGAGGUUAGUGAGGCUAGUGAGGCUAGUGUGGAGAGUGUGGAGAGUGAAGAUGGUGGUGAUAAAGCCAGUGACACUAUGAAGCGACUACUCAACAUCAUGGUUAGCUUCCUUGAAGGAGAGAGUUCCCUCCUGUCACAAGUGGCUGCAGAGGGUAUUGCCAAGUUAUUGCUGAGUAGGCGUGUUCUCAGUCAGAAGUUGUUGGCCAAACUACUCGUGCUCUGGUACAAUCCCGUGCUACAAGAUGAGGGGAGAUUGAGGGCAGCCCUCGGAGCUUUCUUCCCAAUCUUUGCUGCCUCCGACAGGAGUUGCAGAGAGUGUGUGGGUGAGGUGUACCUGCCUGUGCUGUCCAGCGUCCUCGAGGCUCCACCCACUUCCCCUCUCUAUGAGAUAGACGCAGCCAACAUGGCUGACUUUAUUAUGCACCUCACACAACCGACACAGCCUAACGAGGAGAGUGUCCAUGGCAACCUAGCGUAUGCAGUGGCCAAUGCUGUACUGUCUGACCCCACCUCAACUGACGUGAGGGUCUACACACGCUCACUCAGUCAGAUGACCUUCACUCCGGCCAAUCAGAGCAAUGCAGGGGGUCUCCUGGAGCUGUGUGAGCAGAUGACGAGAGAGGUGACUGACAAGAUUUCCCUAAAGUACAUCGACAAGCUCAGAGAAUGUCUGAUCAAGAGUUACCCUUCUCAUCAAGUCACUCCACCAGACCUAAGUCCAGUCAAGGAGACGGAGGAAGACAGAGUGGUUGAUGAGACUCCUGGGAACAUGCUGACCACACCCCUUCCUCUCAAGGGUACCAGACGUGUCCCAAAGCCUCGAGCUAAGACAACAGUUAAGAAGAGACCACCUCCCCCGGCUACUAAGGCCAAAACCACAUUAAAAAAAGGUGGAGCAGGAAAACGGAAGAAGGUCGUAAAGGUCGAGGAGAGCUCUAGCGAAGAAUCAGAGAGUGAAAACUUGGAGCCCCUCCCACCUUCAGCACCCCCCACAAGAGUCACCUCCAUCAGGAUGUCAAAGACUGCUGCCGCUACAAAACUGUUGGAGGAGGAAGAACCCAAACAAGUGCUGUUUUCCUCCGAGGACAGUGAUGACUCGUUGCUAGGGGAACACUCUCCCUUCGUACGACGUACCUCACCCAAGACAGACAGACAUUGCUUAACCCUCCCACCCCACCUCCUGCAGACUCCAGAGCAGGCUCUCCUCCGGUCCUCUUACUACACUACAAUAUGAAGAUGAACUUUGAACUCCUAUGUAUUAUAGUAUAAACUAUUAUAGAUGUUUUGUGCCUAUAAUUAUUAUUCUGUUUUAUUCCAUUCUAAUAUUUCCCAUAUUCUCUGUUCACAUG